AUGUCCCAGGCCGUCAAGAGGGCCUGUGACGCUUGUCAUCGUCGCAAGGUCAAGUGCGAUGGCAUCAACCCGUGUCGCAACUGCUCAUCCGCCCAGCUGUCAUGCACCUACAACGCCAUCCCGCAGAAGAAGGGCCCCAAAGGCUCUCGUGCCAAGGUUAUCAGCGAGUUGCGAGAGACGCAGCGACAGACGAGUCUGACGGCCAAGGUUCACAACCGCAUGAAUGGCAUCCCCAGUCCGCCAGAGCCCAUGGGCGGCGCUCCCACGCCAGGCAUGCUGUCGCCUGAACUCGUCAAGGACUGUCUCGAUUUCUACUUUGCCAACUUGUACGAAAAGGCACCCGUCCUCGACCGCCGGAGGAUCGAGCAGCAGCUGCCCUACAUGGAGCAGAACCGCGAUACCUACUGCCUCCUGACGGCUCUCUGUGGCUUCAUGGUUGUUCAGCCCGGCAUGGCUCUUCCCCUUGGCGACUACAACCUCGACAUGUACCCCGGUGCCGACCUGGCCGCGAGCCAGGUUCUUCUCGAGGAGUGCCUCCGCGUCCGCCGAGGCCACGACUACCUUGACAGUCCUACUCUGGACACGCUCGCCACCAGCUUCUUCAUCUUUGCCAUCUACCAGUCUAUCGAGUUGCACGACAAGGCAUGGUUUUAUCUCCGCGAGGCUACGACCAUGGUUCACCUGAGUGGUAUGAACAAGGAGGACACGUACGGCCAGUGGGACGCCACCGAGUCGUCCCGGAGGAGACGGCUCUACUGGCUGUUCUUCGUUCUCGAGCGUGCCCACGCCAUCCAGCGCCAGCGACCCCUUACUCUCCAAGCCAGCAUCAAGCCCCCUUCUUCUGCAGAUGACCCUACCGACCCGCAAGCACACCAACUGACGAGCUUCAUCAUGCUCGUCAAGUUGUUCCACUCCUUUGACGACGCCUUCACCAGCUCCUGGAACAAGACGCGCAGCAACCUACCCCAUCAGCACAUUGCCACGCUGCAAAAGCAACUGGCCGACAUGCUGCCGACAUAUCUCUGCCAGGAUGACAACCUGUCGAACCUUCACACCAACCAGCAGUGGCUCAAGUCUACUCACUGGCAGCUGAGCAAUGGCAGUAUGAGUUCUCAUAACGCCGACGGCAUCGACUGGCAGGUUCCUCGCGACCUAUCACGCGAUCUUCUGAUGAAAAUGGCCUCUCAAUUCCCUGGACAGGGCAUGGAGCUGCUCGGCUCGGGACUUAUCGAGAAGGUCUUCGAGAUUGGUUCAAACAUGAUGGACUUCCUCGUCACGCAGCCCGCCUCACGGGAUCCCUUCAGUCUCGGACCUCGCGAGCAACUCAACCAGAUUCUCAACAUUGUCGGCGUCAUGCGCAAUGGCAACAACCACGUGCUGCCGCUGCUCUUCACCAAGAUUAAUGACGUCCUGCCACGCCUGACCAACCUCAUGCUGCAAAACGCACCGGAGAACUGUGCCCUCGCCAACAUUGACAUCUUCGAUGGUCCCACCGUAAUGUCGCCCGGCAUGGAGUUCCCCCGCCAGCAUCAGAACGAUUUUUGCGCACCCAUACCCGAGCAGGUCAUGUCGCCUGUCGGUCAAUCGAUGAGUGGGUCCAGUUCGAUGAACUUCCAGAGCAUGCAGCAACAUCAACAACAACAACAACAACAACAGUCUCAUCAACAGCAUCAGCACCAUAACCACAUGCUCCAGAGCCAGUACAUGUCGCAGCACGCCACGCAACACAGUCUACCGCAGAGUCAGAGCAUGAACGGCUUCAACUCUCCGUCGACGCCCAGCCCCCCCGGCAUGAAUACGGCGUCCAUGCCCACAGCGCACUCCAUGUCACAAGGCUUGAUGAACCAGAUGCCCCGCCAGCCGCCGCAAAGGACCAACAGCUUCGCCAUGCCGCAGCAGGGCCAGGUCCGCACGGUCGGGGACUUCCACGCCCUGCAGCGGUCCAAUACGGGCGACCUGACCACGAUGGCCGGCAUGGGCGGCGGCGACAUGGACUACGGUGGCAUGAGGUAA